GGAGACAUUUCGGCAGAUCCACACGACCGAAGGCCUUGUGGCCCUGUACAGAGGUGCCUCCAUCGUGUGGCUAAAGGGGCCUUUGACUGUUGGCCUGGCCUUCGGCGUGAACGAUGUCUUGAAGGGUAUUCUUCACAAGAGGCGGGCGUCAGACGAGCACGACCAGUACGUCGCCCUGCCGGGUCAGCCUGUGACGGAUGGUGCUGCAGCGCAGAAGCUGAGUGCUGUCGAGAGCCUGGUGGUUGGCGGAGCAGCUGGAGCAGUAGCCAAGACUGUGAUCGCACCUCUGGACAGAAUCAAGAUCAUGUACCAGACGGAUAAGACUCGCCGUUUCUCCUGGCGAGAUGUGAUCUUUCGGUUGAAGGAAAUACACAGCUCUGAGGGCGUUCCCGGGCUCUGGAGGGGUCACGGUGCGACGCUGCUGCGCGUGGUGCCCUACUCUGCGACCAGCUUCACCGUCUUCGAGCCCUACAAGGCCUGGCUACGUUACACCGUGCCCGACCUGGGUGACGUGCAGGUCCGAUUCCUCGCCGGCGCCGCUGCCGGGGCAACGGCCACCACACUGACGUACCCACUGGACUUGCUGAGAGCUCGCAUGGCGGCGCACCAAGGCACAGCCGCCUACGACGGCUACCUGCGCGCCGUGUCGCAGAUCGUCCGAGCAGAGGGCACCCUCGCGCUCUGGAGUGGCUUGAAGCCGACGCUCUUAGGCAUCGUGCCCUACUCGGGAAUCUCCUUCAGCGUCUUUGGCACCCUCAAGGUGUACAUCAAGCAAGCCCAGGGACUCCAGUCGCAAAGCGACAUUGGCACCUUCACACGGCUGGGCGCUGGUGCGUUUGCGGGACUCGUAGCGCAGAGCAUCACGUAUCCCUUGGACAUCGUUCGGCGUCGGUCGCAAGUGCACCCGGACCAGUACAGAACGGUGCUGGGCUCAAUGCGGACCAUCCUCCAAGGCGAGGGCGUGAUGGCCCUCUUCAAAGGUCUUUCCAUGAACUGGGUAAAGGGGCCUGUCGCCAUCUCGAUCAGUUUCGUGAUCAAUGACCUUCUAAGAGCCAAGAUCGCGAAGCGCAGUGCACCUGCGGCGACUACGUGA